AUGGCCGACUUGGGAGCAAUGAUAAUAACGGGAAUGUCCGCCAACCCCCUGACCAUUUUGGCCAAGCAGGCUUCUCUGACCCUCAUACCCGUAAACACGGGUUGUACCCUCUACGCGCCCUCCGGCCGGCCGGUUUCGCGGGAAAAGGACGAGAGGAUGGAGGAGGAGUUCAACCGCCUGUUGGCCACUGCUACCCACCUCUGCCACAGCCGCGGCCUGGACACCAACCUCACUGAUGGCACUUCUCUUUCUCUCGGUGGCGUCCUAGAAGACCUCAUCAGGUACCAAGAAAAUCACAUUGUUCCGCUCAAGGCUACCCACCGCAGGCUGGUCUCCAUCCUCUUGGAGAGAAAGGCAAAGACCCUCAAUCAGAUGAUCUCUCUUAUUCUGUGUCGUAUUUCCUGUUCCGUCUGA